AGAAUAGAAGAACCAAUUAAUUAAAAACGCUAGUGAAUUAUAACUAAAUUGACCGAAAGGAAUGCAUGCGCGUGCAGGUAGCUACCAUUUGGAAAGUUAGCUGCCUAUCUUUCUAUCUUCUAUAUGUAUAAAUGCCCCCUUUCGCGGCCCCCAGUUUUCUUCUGUAUUGCUUCCUGGUUGCUGCAGCCAGCCCAACCCCCACCGACGCCUACUGCCUCCUCUUUCCCAACUCAAAGCUUUCAUCUUCUUCUUCAACAACAAUGGGUAGUGAAAUGAUGAUGGUGGACGAGUUCCCCUUUCCUUCCCAGUUGAAGAUCAACCCCUCCUCCCCCAAUCCGCUCCCUCUGUUUGCCCAUGGAAUUACAGACAUAGAGAUACACUUCUUGCAAAUCAAGUUUACGGCAAUAGGGGUGUACCUGGACCCCCACAUCCUGAAUCAUUUGCAACAAUGGAAGGGCAAAUCUGGGCCCCACCUUUCCAAGGACGAUGCCUUCUUUCAUGCCCUUAUCUCUGCUCCAGUUGAGAAAUUUUUGAGAAUAGUGGUAAUAAAGGAAAUAAAGGGAUCGCAGUACGGGGUGCAGCUAGAGACCACAGUACGGGAUCGACUGGCAGCGAUGGACAAGUACGAGGAGGAGGAGGAAGAGGCCCUGGAGAGAGUGGCCGAGUUCUUCCAGUCCAAAUAUUUGAAGAGAAAUUCCGUCAUCACCUAUCAUUUUCCACCUUCCUCCAACACUGUCCAGAUUGGGUUUGAAACGGAAGGGAAAGAUGCGAGUAAGAUAGAGGUGGAGAACGGGAACGUGGCAGAGAUGAUAAUGGAAUGGUACUUGGGAGGGAGCAGAGGAGUGUCCCCCACCACCAUCUCCUCCUUGGCCAACGCCCUCUCUGCUCGCCUCUCUUCUGAUUAGGUCAACUACUAGGGUUGUGGCUGGGAGUUUGAAUUUUAGUUUUAAAAUUUGUACUUGUGUGUUGAUGAUUUUUAAUCUAAAUUCACACGGAUGCAAAUUUGAAAUCUAAACUCAAGUAUCCCUGAAUAUAAAAUAUGUGUGGCUUUCUUAUUCUUCUCCAGUUGAAAUCUGGAUAGUUAAUUUGGAGAUGUUAUCUUUGCUUUCUUGUGAGGAUUAGCAUUGCCUGCAGUAUCAGCAUGGGUGCCUCUUUUAUAUUAUUAUUGAUAAAAUAAAAUAAAUAUUUAUGUUUUUGUCA